AUGCGUACAUCGCAUAUUCCAAGCACAGUGUGCCAAAAGAAAUAUUUAGUUUACAAUGAUUGUGUGCAGUCAUGGGUGGAAGCAGCUAAAGAAGCAUUCCCUUCAGCCCCUUUCUAUGAAGUGAGUGGUGGCUAUGUCGUUGUUAUUGUCAUUCUGAACAAUAGACAAGCAUUUUUUCAAUUUUUUUAUAAGGAGUGGGUCUUGGAAUAUGUUCAUCGUACUCUUCGCCACGUUACUCUGCCGGAAUAUGAAUAUACUCAUCAGUUUCUAUUAUCUGAUGCUCCUGAUAUGCACGAGCUCAAUCGUCAAAACUCUAAGCUUGUAAAAUGCAUUGUUGAGGAGGAUGAUGAUGCAGCUCAAGUUCUAACAACGCUCAUAGAACAAUUAGAAAGGACAUCGUUGGAUGGUACAAACGAUGAUAUCGACAAUUCUGAUAUCCAUUCAAUUUGA